GGCUGGUGGAGGCAGCUCCACAGGUCAGUAUGGAAUCAGUGGAUCUGGAAACUCUCCCAUGGUUGACUCUCCAAACAAAAAGAAGGGUUCCGGUAACCAAUCACUUCGUCCAGUCACUAUCAAGCAGCUUUUAGCAGCUACCCAAACACAGCAGACAUCAGAUUCUCCCUUCACAAUCGACUCGCAAGAGCUUACCCAAGUGACUCUUGUGGGUCGUCUGAAUUCUACUACUCUUCAGUCUACAAACUGUACCUAUGUGAUCGAUGAUGGCACUGGAUUGACCAUUGAAUGUAAAAAGUUUUUUGACUACAAUGGUGCUGAUGAUGAGAAAGUCCAGGCAGACCAGUUUCCCGAAGAAAGCUACGUUCAAGUAUUUGGUCAGAUCAAGUCGUUUGGAUCUAAAAAAACCUUGAGUUUAUUCAAGAUGCGACUAAUAAAUAGCAUUGAUGAGAUUACCUAUCACAACACCAUGGUAAUCAUGGCCCAUCUUGCAUUAACCAAAGGACUGAAUGACGCCAACCCUAAUACUGCUGGGUUCGGCACAGGGGCUCAGCAUGGUGGAAUGAUGGCUGGUAUAAAACCUCAAGAGACUCAAUCAGGAUAUCUUCAACAACAGUAUGGUCAAUACGGUCAACAGUCAAACAGUGGAUAUGGUCAAUCCAACGAUAGCAUGUUUACUCCUAUCCAGAGCGAGAUUUUAAACUUUGCUCGCGAGCAUCAGGCAUCUGUCGAAGGCAUGGCUAUAAAAGACCUUAUUUUUCGUAUGCGUGGCCGAGCUUCUGAAUCUCAAAUUCGGGAGGAGGUUCAGUUCUUGUCUAAUGAAGGACACAUUUAUAGUACACUGGAUGACGAUCAUUUCAAAUCUACCGGUGGAAAUUAAGCAUCUCUACUCUGUAGAUAGCAUUGAUUUUAGCUAGCAUUACUCUUGUGUUGUUAUCAAUAAAAAGUAUUCGAUGG